UCGAGUUGCAAAAUAAACAAUCAAACAAUCACAAUCGGGGAUCGGCCGAGCAAAUUUACUUUCUUAUUUUAUUACUUGUGUCAACAUUUUAGAUCGAUAUUAUACGAUAAACCGAUUAUUUAUCUAUUAUAUUUACCUGUGACCUGUGUUAGCUACUAUGUUCUUUGAUUGAGUGAAAUAGUGAGAGACUAAAAAUUGACUGAUUCUUUGUGAACGAAUGCUUUUAUAAUAUUGGAGUUCUGUGUGCUACAUCAAAUACUUAUUACUGAAGAUUAAACAUAAUGUAAGUUAGUGAAUUACCCUUCAGUGGCUAUAAGAAUGGUGUUACUACCACCCUGUGCCCCGGACAUAUGCGGGAAGGAUUUCCGAAACUCGCUGAAGAAGCCGAGCCCUAAUUAUCCGUAUGGGAGCAAGGCGAGGAAAUGCCGGGUUGUCCCGGCGUUUACCAUUCAGGCGAUGCAAAAGAACACGAAGGUAAUACCGCCUCCUAAGUCCGGCGUUUACGACCCUUUGCCGCCAAAGCCGACCAUGUUCAGGAGGUGCUACCAAAGAGGAGAGUUCCCCGUCACUAUUGAGUUCACUACCAGCGGAAAACAGCUCUCUUGGAAGGUACCAAUAGAGAAGCUGGACUUCCACCACUACCUGCCAAUGUUCUUCGAUGGCCUUGCGGAAGGGACUUACCCCUUUUCCUUCAUAGUAGAACGGGGUAUUCACGACCUCGUCACCAAGGGGUCUUACAAGAUACUACCGGUUGUGCCACAACUUAUUAUACCUAUUAAAAAUGCGUUCGCAACUAAACGACCUGCGGUGCUGUGCCACGCUCUCAAAUGCAUACAGAUGAUUGUGACGGGUAGCGAAAAGGUCGGCGAGGCGUUGGUGCCUUACUAUCGGCAAAUACUACCCAUACUCAACCUCUUCAAGGGCAGAAACCGUAACUUGGGAGCUGGUAUCGACAACACGACAACCCGUGGCGAGAACGUGGCAGAUUUGAUUGAAGAUACGCUGCAAAUCCUGGAACGGUACGGCGGGCCCGACGCGUUCAUCAACAUCAAGUAUAUGAUACCUACCUAUGAGUCUUGUGUGUUGAAUUAGAUUUUAGUGGCAUGGCGCCGAUUCUGAUGUCUUUCUUUAAACAAAAUUCAGAUUAUCUGCAUCUUUAUCUUUUUAAUAAUAGUGAAAUGGA